AUGGACGGGCCCUACUGGGCCUACACCCACCGCAAGCCGCUGGGGGUUGUGGGUGCGAUAGUGCCCUUCAACUUCCCGCUGGCGAUGGCCGCCAUGAAGCUCGCGCCGGCGCUGGCCUGCGGCAACACACUGGUGGCGGAGCAGACGCCGCUGGCCUCCCUGCUGCUUGGCCAGCUCACACUGGAGGCGGGCCUGCCCCCCGGGGUUGUCAACAUCCUGUCGGGGCGCGGUAGAGUUGCAGGGGCGGCGCUGGCGGGCCACCCUGGAGUGGACAAGGUGGUAUUCACGGGCUCCACUGAGGUGGGGCGGCUGGUGGGUGCGACGGCUGGGCGGAACCUGAAGCCCUGCACCCUGGAGCUGGGCGGCAAGAGCCCCCUGAUCGUGGAGCCUGACGCUGACCUGGACCUGGCGGUUUCAACCGCCCAGGAUGCGAACUUCUUUCACCAGGGCCAGUGUUGCACUGCGGGCAGCUGGGUGUUUGUCCACGAGGCGGUGUACGAUGAGUUUGUUGCCAGGUCUGUGCACGCCGCCCAGCACAGGUCUGUCGGCAACCCCUUUGACGAGGCUGUGCAGCAGGGCCCGCAGGUAUCCAGGGCCCAGUUUGACAAGGUUUUGGGGUACAUCAAUACUGGCCAUAAGGAGGGUGCACACCUAGUUGCCGGAGGCAGCCGUAUCGGCAACAAGGGCUUCUUUGUGGAGCCGACGGUGUUCACGGGGGUGCGGGACGACAUGGCCAUAGCCAGGGACGAGAUCUUUGGCCCAGUGCAGUCCAUCAUGAGGUACAGAACACUGGAUGAGGUGAUCCGCCGUGCGAACGGCACCCAUUAUGGCCUGGCGGCCGGCAUUUUCAGCUCCAAUCUGAACACAGUCAACAAGCUGACACGGGCGCUGAGGGCGGGCAUGGUGUGGGUCAACUGCUACAGCGUUGGGGACAGUUCCAUCCCCAUCGGCGGCUACAAGGACAGCGGCAUGGGGCGUGAGAAGGGGGAGGACGCCCUGCAGCACUACACGCAGGUCAAGGCCGUGGUGCAGCCGCUGAGGGGCGCGGCUUGGACUGCGCCCUCCAAGAUCGACUACGAGUCCCUGGCCUUUGAGGCCCUCCAAGAUGUGCCCCGCAAGCUGCUUAUCGGCGGCAAAUGGACGGACGCCGCCGACCGCCGCUCCAUCGCCGUGUUCGAUCCCCGGACCGAGGCCCAUCUUAUACACGUGGCCGCGGCGGGCGAGGCGGACGUCGAUGCCGCAGUGGCGGCGGCCAGGCGUGCCUUUGAUGAGGGCCCCUGGCCCAGGAUGAGUGCCAAGGCGAGCGCUGGUGGGACGGAGCGGGGCCGCGUGCUGUACCGCCUUGCUGACCUCAUCGAGCAGCACGCCGAUGAGCUGGCAGCCCUAGAGACUCUGGACGUGGGCAUGCCCAUCACCUUUAGCCAGGGGCUGGAAGUGCCACAAACAGUUGACAUUUUCAGAUACUACGCCGGGUGGGCAGACAAGAUCCACGGCAAGACCAUCCCCGUGGACGGGCCCUAUUGGGCCUACACCCUCCGCGAGCCGCUCGGCGUCAUCGGCCAGAUCGUGCCCUGGAACUUCCCUCUGAUCAUGGCAGCGUGGAAGCUGGCCCCGGCCCUCGCCUGCGGCAACACCUGCGUUCUGAAGGUGGCGGAGCAGACGCCCCUGGUGUCCCUCCGGCUGGGCCAGCUGGCGCUGGAGGCGGGGCUGCCGCCUGGGGCUGUGAACAUCCUGCCCGGCAUUGGGGAGGUCGCGGGGGCCGCGCUCGUGCGCCACCCUGGCAUUGACAAGGUGGUGUUCACAGGCUCGACUGAGGUGGGCCGACUGGUUGCGGAGGCCGCUGGGCGAAACCUGAAGCCCUGCACCCUGGAGCUGGGCGGCAAGAGCCCCUUGAUCGUGGAGGCGGAUGCUGACCUGGGCCUGGCGGUUUCAACCGCCCAGGACGCCGUCUUCUUCCACCAGGGCCAGAUCUGCUGUGCGGGGAGCCGCGUGUUUGUCCACGAGGGGGUAUAUGAUGAGUUUGUGGCCAGGUCGGCGCAAGCUGCGCAGCACAGGCCUGUGGGCAACCCGUUUGAGGCCGAGGUGCUGCAGGGGCCGCAGGUUGACAGGGCCCAAUUUGACAAGGCAAUGCGCUACAUUGACCUUGGCCGCACUGAGGGCGCCCGCCUGGCCGCUGGCGGCCGCCGCGGCUUCUUUGUGGAGCCCACCGUGUUCACUGGGGUGCGGGAUGACAUGGCUAUUGCCAGGGAGGAGAUCUUUGGUCCCGUGCAAUCCAUCAUGAGCUACAAGAGCCUGGACGAGGUGAUCAGGCGUGCGAACGCAACGCCCUACGGCCUGGCUGCCGGCGUUUUCAGCUCCAACCUGGACACAGUCAACACCCUGGCACGAGCCCUCAAGGCCGGCACAGUGUGGGUCAACUGCUUCACUGUGAUGGACAGCGCAGUCCCAUUCGGCGGCUACAAGGACAGCGGCAUGGGGCGUGAGAAGGGGGAGGACGCCCUGCAGCACUACACGCAGGUCAAGGCCGUGGUGCAGCCGCUGAAGGGCGCGGCGUGGAUGUGA